AUGGAGAAGGGGAACGGGCAAAGAGGGGACGAUCGUUUCAAGGUCCCCCAAUAUAUUCAUCACACACCGUUGAAUGCUCCUCGAGCUAGAGUAAUGGAGGAAACCCUUAGAGUUGAUCUGCUAGUGGUGGUCAAGACACCAACGCCUUUGGGGGUCUAUGAAAGUAAGUAUUGUCGUUAUCAUCAGAACAGAGGGCAUACAACAGAGGAUUGCAUGACUCUUAAAGACAAGUUAGAGAGUUUAGUGCAGGAAGGUCACUUACGACAGUUUGUUCGAAGAGGGGGAACCCCUGGAGGUGGGGGUAAUGAUGUUGAUCGUCAGAAGCAUAACCGCAAGCAAGAGGAUCGGCGUAGUAGGAGUAGAAGUAGAGACCGAACGGUGAGAGGAGUGAUUAACAAUAUCUCAGGAGGAUUUGUCGGAGGAGGACCAACAAGUUCAGCCCGUAAAAGGCACCUGCGGAAUUUACACCACGUUAACCGAGCAGAAAUCGCUUGGAAGUUAAUGCCUCCAAUUACCUUCUCUGACGACGAUUUUCACGUCCCUGAUCCCGAUCAGGAUGAUCUCAUGGUGAUUACUGUUAUGAUCGCUCGGUAUCAAGUAAGGAAGAUAUUAGUCAAUCAAGGAAGUUCUGCAAAUAUUUUGUACUGGAAAACAUUCAAGAAAAUGGAUGUGCCGGAGGAAGCUAUCAUGCCUUUUCGUGAGCAGAUAGUAGGAUUUACAGGGGAAAGAGUAGAUAUUAAAGGUUAUAUUGAUUUACAAGUCAGUUUGGGGUUGGAGAAGAACUCAAGGGAGUUGAAGGUUCGUUUCCUUUUUGUGGAGGCAGACACAUCUUACAAUGUCCUACUCGGUCGGCCAUGUUCGAAUGCUUUCGGAGCAAUUGUGUCAACCCCCAUCUGGCGCUUAAAUACCCUUCAGAGGAUGGUGAGGUCUGUACCGUUAGGGCGAACCAAAAGAUGGCCCGGGAAUGCUACGUGGUAG